CUUUUCAAGGCUGGUUGACUCAGUGAGUAGCCGUAGGGAAAGGAUGGGGAAACUUUAAAUCCAAAGAUUAAGAGACGAAAAAAAAUAACAUGGCGUAGUGUGAUAUUAAGUUUGAUUGUAAGUGAAGGAAACUAGAAGCGUGAUGCGAGUUACUGAUAAAAUGGGACACCAAGAUAAAAACCCUCAAGUUAUUUAGUAUGAAGACACGUUUGACAUUCCGGACUAGAACAGUGUUGCUUUGUCUGUUGAACUUUUUGCUGGCGGGUAAGUCUGCAAGCAGGUAGAGGAGACAAGAUUAUAUCAAUUCAUAUUCACACCAGCUAACGGCAAUUAACAGUUAUACUCCUUACGGCUUGUUUGUUAACGCUAGUAGCAUCAAAUAGUAAUCUUACAAAUCGUAUUUUGAAAGCUUUUGGUCGCAGUACAAUAACAUUACACUUUGUCUAGGACGCAAACCUUCAAUCAGCAGUUUUUUUACCGGACCGGUCGACUCAGGAAGAGAAUUUUGUGCUUCGAAGUAUUCUGAGCUGCCCUAAAUGAUCUGUCAAUUCCUAAAUCGUAUCCACCUUAAUGUGUUCCUAAAUUCCUUUCGGAAAUUAUCAUUAGAAUAUAGAAAAUAACGAUAGAUAAUAGUGAUAAUUAUCAAUCGAAAGGAAGGCCAAUUUAGAAUGUAUUUGUACUCAAGAAAUCAAUUGUUCGACUCGCAGGAUAUGCACAUUCCUAUAGCCAGAAUACUGGAAUUGAUAAAUCUCGCCAACCGAGUGAACAGAGUGUAUGGGAGAUCCCUUCAGUGUCUCAUCUUCUAAAAGGCUUGGAUGUCUUCGAGCAAUUGACUUCAAAUGGAAAAUCUUUUGACCACAAAAACGCCAAAAAACCUAUUAGUAUACCUUGGAGACCCCCUAAUACUUUCAUAAAGCUUUUCUCUACUCGGAAAAAAUUUAUUCACGAGUGGCUCCAUAAACUUCUGAAUUCAAGAAUUCAAACCAGGCAAGACAUGAAACAGUUAACAACACUUAACUCUAAAGAACGUCCUGAGAAGGUAGGAAGUUUUCAAAUUUCUGACGGAAGGGUAAAUGGAAAAGGCGAAUAUGCCAUUUCACCUGACCAAAAUGACUUUGAACUAAAACUGAAUCUUAAAAUAAAUGGAAAACAUCGAUAUCAGCAGCAGUAUAAGCAAGAACAGCAACACAACCCAAAAGUGAAUCUACGAAAACAGCGACCACCACAGCCAAACCAACCAAGGCCGACUACAACAAAUUGCAUUCGUAAGUACAAUGUUUCUUCACAGCUCAACGCUUUGCAAUGCACGAAAGCAAUUAGUGGUAUAUGCUAAAUGGAGUCCUCCUUCUUGAAAACUGCGCGGCUUAGGUCGGUGGGCAUCCUUAUGUUAUCAAUGAAAUAGUAUAAAAUGGCAUGGUUGUUCACUACGAAUCUUAGUUUUCUCCAGGAAACAAAACUUUUUAUCAUGUUCUUUUUCCCAUAUCCUUGAUAUGUUAUCAGAUUCCCCGUUUGAACAAGAAGCGUUGAGUAUACACAACAGAUACCGAACAAUGCACCGUGCGCCUGCGCUUACACUGAGUUGUGACAUGAGUAAAAAUGCAGCAGAUUACGCCCGCACACUGGCAGAUAUGGACACUCUGGUGCAGUCUGGAUAUACUGAAAGACCUAAUCAAGGCGAAAAUCUUUCUCUUGGCUGCCAUGGCAGCGGAGAGCAGACUGCUGAGGAAGCAAUAAAAACAUGGUAUGUGCGUCUAAUUUUUAUAGGUAGAGGUUAGUCUCAGUAUUUUGUUGAGUUUCUUGGACAGCUCGCAGAUAGCCACCGAUAGCUAAUCAUUGCUGGGGAGGGGAGGGGGGAAGGGAGAGACGAGGGACUAGACUUUGAGGAAAAAUCCGUCCCGCCGAGGAAGAACUCACCGGGUUCGAGGCCGAACCUCUCUCGGAUUUGAAUCUCACACAGCACUCCACCGCCAUCGCCUCCCACCUGAAAAUCCCAUUGAAUGAAUGAUCUAUCAUUCAAAAUAGACUCGACCCAGGUGUGAUGUAUGAUGUCAUAUACAAUGUACUGUUUUACCUUUUUAUCUUUUCCAAUUUUUCUCCAUCUUUCUAUUCAAAUGUUUUACAACAAGACUCGAGUUGUAUAAUUUUAACGCUUGACACGGAGGCUAAUCUCUGCUUUUAGAGAAUGAAGCAUUUAUUUCUUGCUAGCUGCAGGCAUUUCUUCAACCCAAGAAGAGGUUAUACUAUACGUAUCUAAAUAAGUUUGCUUCUGGAUUGCUUUGAUGCAGGUUUGACGAAGUGUGCCAUUACACAUUUGGCAAAGAAGGUCCACAGUCGGGUACCAAUCAUUUCACGCAGUUGGUCUGGAAAGACAGCAGGGAGCUGGGAAUAGGAAAAGCGUCAAAAAAGCAACCUAAUGGAGAAACAUGCACGUUUAUUGUCGCACGCUAUAAGCCUCUAGGAAACUUUGAGAGUGGUGAUGAUGCCUACGUAAAAAAUGUCGAGAAAGGAACUUUUGAUGAAACUUACUGCCGAAAUAUCCCGAAAGCAGGUUUAGAAGGAGGAUAUGGUUUCAAGAGAUUUCAAAGUCCAAGUUUAAUUGAGAAUUAUGUUGGAUGAUGAACAGAAACUCUCACUAUAUAUUUUACUCCCAAAUUCAAUGGGAAGAUUUGAUGCAUAAGUAAUAAAAAUUGAACAAGAUAACAUAAAGUACC